ACACUGGAUAGUUAGUGUGUGGCUCAGGAGGCUACACUUCUUUGCCUAUGAGCUGAAGGUUGCUGGUUUGAGCCCCCAUAGACACAUCUAUGGCUCCUGGAGCAAAGGCCCUUAACCCCCAGGUCCCUGGGUGGCGCUAUGGGGGGGUGACCUUUUCAGCCAGCUUGCUGUCAUCUAGAGCACACCUUGGGGGAGGUGUAAAGAGAAUUUCUCCAUGGAGGUCAAUAAAAUGUCUAUUAUUAUUUUAUUUAAACCAAGGCAGCGUAGUUCUCACAGCUGGCAGAUGCCCCGAACUGAGGGCCAGUCCAUUACAAAGCAGCUUCUUUAAAUUUGCAAAUAUCAUGACCUAGUUGAAAUAAUCGUUCCUUCCAGUCCUCAGUAAGUGUGGAGCUGUGGGCUCUCUCUUGUUUCAAAUAACAUGUGACAAGGCUGCACCCAUUAUCAUUUAUUAUUCACACCAUUUAAUUUUGUUUGAGUAAGGGGGGAGUCUAAUAAUUCCAGGAAACUGGUCAAGGUUUAAUGACCGCAAUGGCGAUUAUGAAUUUAUGAUUUAAUUGUCAGGUAAUAAAAUGGAGUACUAUCUCACUGUUUUAGUAUGUAAAAAACUUCCUAGCCAUAGUAACAAGAAACAUUUUAGUCUGUUUGGUUAGUCUUUCUCAUUAUACAAAUACCUCAAUCAUUGUCAUUACUGUGGCUUGGUAGUGAUACAUAAAUAUUUAUUGCAUAUAAUAUGCUUAAUAUACAAUAUCUUACUGUAUUUAAACAUUUACUUUCUUACAAAUGAAUAUUGGUGAAAUACAGUUAAAACUAUUAAUAGGGAACCUGAUUCCAAUUUGCUCUCUGUGUGACAUGACAGACAGACUCUGGUAUUUCCACUGAUACCUUGUAUUCUAGCCCUUCCUGCUGGAGUAUGUAUUGUUACUCAAUAUCAGGUUCUGAAUAACAUUAGGAAUGUAAAUAAAUAUGCCUUAAGUAUGCAUGAAAAAGACACGUUUUCAUUCAGAUUUUAAUGCUUUUUUGCUAUUUGUAUCUUGAAAAAUGUCACGCGUGGUAUUAAAAAGGCUAACUCGAACUGCUUUGGUAUUGAGUAUUCUAGCAUACAAACCUAAAUUAAAAUAACAAUACUUGUAACGAUAAAAGUAAAUGUGUUCUACGGCCGUAUAAGUUGUGGUGUCUGGGAUAGGCUCCAGCCCUCCCCUCGAGACCCCAUUUAGGAAAAGCUAUUGGACGAAUGUAAACACACAAAACACACGUUAUGUACAUGCAUUAAUGUAUGAAAACAAAGGUCACGUGACAGCUGGACACUGCGUGCCUUCGCCUUCCUAUUGUUUACCGUCAUGUGUCUUUGUGUCUGAAAUGGGGAAUUCCCGUCACGACAGGCUUAAUCCUCCUUAAGUGUUUUUACUGUCCAAUCGUAUUUAUUUGCAGUGUGUUCCAAUUAAAUAAAACUCAUUCAAAUUGAUUAAUGAAAAAGCAUGGUAUAAACUAAUCAACCAUUUUGAUAUCUAAUUAUUGUGUUUAUCGGUUGUUUUCCAUUUCACGAAGAGUGCUGGAAACCGACACCUUCCGAAGGCAUUCUGGAUCCACCCUCGGUGGGAUGGCAACACCUCUGUAGCCUAGAGGCAGCGUCUGAAUACUCUUGACAAUGACAACACACAGAAAUGCACAGAUCGCUCCAAAGGCCUGCCUCAUCCCCCGCCCUUGUCCUACUGUAAUGAGCUACGAAGAAAUAACAGAGCAAAACAGACCCAGGUACAGCUCUCCUGUCCUCAAUCUCACGCUUCUUGCCGGGCAAACAACUCUUUGCGGUGGCUGGCAUCCAAAGAGGAGGAGUCGUCAUCCUUGUGCACCAUAAACGAGCCUAUAGUCUCCACCUUAAUGAAGAGUGUCAUUUUUUUCGAGGAGCCGAGCAGAGGUGCAUUUGUACUCUUCCUACUGUCCGCAUCUGUCUUCUGCUAAGUCUGAAGAUCAAUCUUGACUAUUUCUGGGGCUCCUUGGUGGCUGUCCGCGACACGCCGGUCAAUCAGCUAUAAGAUGUCCGAGAACGGCGUGGCGUCCCGCCGGGGGAAGGUGCUCACCGUAGACACGAUGAACCCACGAAUUAAGAGGGUUGAAUACGCCGUGAGGGGUCCCAUUGUGCAACGGGCGGUGCAGAUCGAGAAAGAGCUGAAGGAGGGUGCGAAGAAGCCCUUCACCGAAGUCAUCAAGGCAAACAUUGGUGACGCACAUGCCAUGGGCCAGCAACCAAUCACCUUCUUCCGACAGGUCAUGGCACUGUGCGCCUAUCCGGAACUCUUAAACAGCUCCCAGUUUCCAGAGGACGCCAAAAAUCGGGCACAAACGAUUCUUCAGUCCUGUGGAGGGGGUAGCAUAGGGGCCUACAGUACCAGUCAGGGUAUUGAAUCUGUGCGCCAGGAUGUGGCACGUUACAUCGAGAAGCGAGACAAUGGCAUCCCCUCCAACCCCGAUAACAUCUACCUAUCCACAGGAGCCAGCGAUGCCAUCGUGACUACCCUGAAGCUGCUGGUGUGCGGUGAGGGCAUGAGCCGCACAGGUGUGAUGAUCCCCAUCCCCCAGUACCCUCUCUACUCAGCGGCGCUGGCAGAGCUGGGUGCUGUCCAGGUCGACUACUACCUGAACGAGGAGCAAUGCUGGAGCCUGGACGUCAGCGAGCUGCGGCGCUCUCUGGAGGCUGCCCGGAAGCGCUGCAACCCCCGUGUCCUCUGCAUCAUCAACCCUGGCAAUCCCACAGGUCAGGUCCAGAGCAGGGAGUGCAUUGAGGAAGUGAUCAAAUUCGCUGCGGAGGAGCGGCUUUUCCUGAUGGCCGAUGAGGUGUACCAGGAUAACGUCUAUGCCGACGGCUGCCAGUUUCACUCUUUCAAGAAGGUGCUGUUUGAGAUGGGACCACAGUACUCAGACACACUAGAGCUGGUCUGCUACCACUCAACCUCCAAAUGCUACAUGGGAGAGUGUGGUUUCCGGGGAGGAUAUAUGGAGGUGAUCAACAUGGAUGCUGAGGUGAAGGCCCAGCUGACCAAGCUGGUGUCAGUGCGGCUCUGCCCUCCUGUUCCCGGACAGAUCAUGAUGGACCUGGUGGUGAACCAUCCCCAGCCUGGAGAUCCAUCCCACAGCACUUUCAUUAAGGAGAAGUCUGCUACUCUCAACACGCUGGCGGAGAGGGCCAGACUGACGGAGGAGAUCCUCAACACGGUGCCGGGGAUCCAGUGUAACCCCGUACAGGGAGCCAUGUACUCCUUUCCGCGGAUCACUAUCCCAGAGCGUGCUGUGCAGAAAGCCAAGGAGAAAGGUCAAGCCCCAGAUAUGUUCUACUGCAUGAACCUGUUGGAGGAGACAGGCAUCUGUGUGGUCCCUGGAAGCGGAUUUGGUCAGACAGAAGGGACCUACCAUUUCAGAAUAACCAUCUUGCCUCCCACUGAGAAGCUGAAGAUCCUACUGAAUAAACUGAAGGAGUUUCACCUGCGCUUCACGCAGCAGUACUCCUGAGCUUCCCAGCCAACGGGCAUCAAUCAUCUCCUCACCAAGUGCCUUCUGCCUCGUGACUUCGAUGGCCAAUGUUUUGCACUUUGUUACACAGUGCCUUCACUGUUCAUUAGUAGUUCGCUCAUUGGAGCAAUUAGCUUGAUAUGUUUUACAAAAUUUACUUAUAUAUGUGUUGUCCACUUCAAAUAUCAAGGGCAUUUUUAAAUUUCUUAAUCAUCAUCAUUUUGACGAGUGGAUCGUCUUCUAUGACUAUACAAACACAGUUAGAUAUAAUACUGUGUUUGUACGCCUGUGUACUGCAAUUUAACCAAAGUUAAUCCUAAAGUUUGCAUACCUGGAAAUGCUGCUCCUUAAGUGCACCUGUGCUCCAAUACUGUUUAAAUUGUCUAAAUACACAUGCAUACUUUAUAACACCCCCAGCCUCUCACCCUGCCAAGUGUAUGCCGCCUUUCCCCUAUCACUCAUAAAUUUCAGUAUUUGAUGUUGUCCCUGGGAAAAAUACCUGUAUACACAAAAAAAUCAAGUAAUUAUGUGAAGAGGAUGGACCCUUCCUUGCCCUUCGCCUGUAGCUCCCGGGAUAGGCUCCGGACUCCCUGCAACCCGGAUUAGGGAGAGUGGGUACAGAAAAUGGAUGGAUGGAGUGACCCUUAAAGAACACUUUUCAUUGUGUUUCAUAACACUGUGAUUCAAAUCCCAAAGAAUGAUGAUCUUAUAUGAAUAAAUGAGUGUUACACUUC